AUAUAUGAGAUAGAGGAUUCAAUAGGAUCCCCACCACCACCCCCCUCAUCAAAGGAUGGGUUUGAUGAGGAACCACUAUCACAACCACCAUGUAGUAGAACCCCCAAAUUUCAUUGAGUGGCUCAAGCCAAUACAAUCAUCCUCCCCUCCUACUCAACAUGUUCAUCAGCUUUACCAACAACAAGAAGAGAGUACUAUUCAAUGUUUGCCUCUUUUAAGCAGAUUUACGGAGCGAAAGCCGGUGAAGGAGGAGGAAGUUAUUAUGGGAUUACUGCAAAAGGGGGAGAGUAAUGGAAUCAAAGAAGGUAAAGUGGAGAAAGUGACAGUGGCCUUGCACAUUGGAUUGCAUAAUAAUACUGAGAAUUCUACAUCUGAGGCUGAUGAGAGUAAAGUUUACAAGUUGAAGGAAGAAGAAGUAGAUGUGAAGAAAAGCUUCAAUUUCAACACAGAGAGUAGGUUUUGGAUCCCAUCUCCGGCUCAGAUCCUUGUCGGUCCGAUGCAGUUUGCUUGCUCCAUAUGCAGCAAGACCUUCAAUAGGUACAAUAACAUGCAGAUGCAUAUGUGGGGGCAUGGAUCGGAGUACAGAAAGGGGCCAGACUCACUAAAAGGAACACAACCAGCAGCAAUGUUGAGGCUGCCAUGCUACUGCUGUGCUCAAGGUUGCAAGAACAACAUCAACCAUCCUCGCGCCAAGCCAUUGAAGGACUUCCGAACACUCCAAACUCACUUCAAGAGAAAGCACGGCGCAAAGCCUUUCAUGUGCAGGAAAUGCACGAAAUCCUUCGCUGUUAAAGGUGAUUGGAGAACCCAUGAAAAGAACUGCGGAAAGUUCUGGUAUUGCACCUGUGGUUCAGAUUUCAAACACAAAAGGUCUCUCAAGGAUCACGUUAGGUCUUUUGGUAAAGGCCAUUCCCCACACCCUUCCCUUGAAGGGUUUGAUCAAGAGGACAAGGAAUGCAUCACUGGAUCUGACGAUGAGAUUGCUUGUUAGAGAUAUAUAUUCUAACAUCUAUAUAUAUAUAUAUAUAUAUAAGCUUGUCUAAGCUUGUGCUCGUUAUCAAAAAAUUCUCUCCGACAAAAUCAUGCAAGAGGUGGGCGCACGGAGGGAACGGUUUGUUACAGAGCACUUGAUGGAUGAUGAGCAGUUUACGUAGUCUGUGAGGGAAAUAAGAUAUAUAUGCAUGAUUGCCUUGAAGGGGUGAAGUAGAUGAAUUUUCUUUUAAGUUAGAGAAAGUUAGAGCUGGUUUUUUCAUGUUGGCUAGCUUUGUUGUUAUAUACUCCAAUGGAGAAAAUUCGUCCGCUUCAUUACUAAACUGGUUAUCUGGAUUCAUGAUCUGUCAUGUAUUAAUUGUUGUUGCGUCAAUUAAAUCUACUUUGUUUCUUCCUUCA